UGGGGUUGAUUAUGAUAGAUAGGGAAAGUAUUGGGGUUUUAUCGGGAAGAUGAUAAAAAAACUGUGCCCAAUACAAACUUGUCUGCUCAACUAACUCCAUUUUCUCCUUCAUUUCCCCGGAAAAGAGAGACAAGAGAGACUGUUGUUCAAUGUUGAUGCACUUCAUAGGCUAUUCCGAAGCUGCCAAGGAUCCGGAAAUGCAGGGGAUAUAUAGUAAUGCUUCGAGUUUAAACGCUAGACCGAGUAACUCAAGCACUAUGAACCAAAACAUGAAUGUUUCAAGACCGAGGAAGCGCAAAGAUUCAACCUUCUUACAAUCACCAUGGCACAAAGUCUAUCUGCAACCUUCAAAGUUAUGUCACAGCAUCAGUGUGUCAGAACAAGAGUGGGCCCUUGCGGCAAAUACACUCUGUGAGAAGAUCGAUCCAAAUGAGGUGGUCUCUCCUUCAAAGAAGAGGCUUGUAUUAUCCACAAAUCUUAUGCAACAACUUCUCCAACCAGCACCAACGUUUGUUUUCUCGGACAUCAAGUCAGCUUUCAACUACGAGAUUAUGCUUUACUUUGAGUCCAGAAUCACCCUCGCUGAUGCAUGUUCUGUCACGUGCCACUCGGAUUUUGAUAAGAGCACAAAUGAUCAAGAAAGAGGGUAUACUGCACUUGUCAAAGCUUUCAUGGAGAAGUUCCAACACCUUGAAGAGGACUUCCAAAGCUCGGAGAGUGCCACAUCGAUGUUAGACAUCAUCUUAGAAAUCCAGGACAUUGAAAGAUUCUCGGUGAUAAACCGUCUGGCCAAGUUUCAUAGCCGUGCAAAGACCAAUACUAAAAGAUCAGUUCCUCAGAGAUACGUUGAUUUACAAAAGCCAGGGAACCUACCUGAGCCACUACAAUGUCUUUCUCUGUGAUCAUCAGGCUUUUUUUUAUAGGGGGAAGUAAAUGUAGGGGAUGAUCUGGAAGAAAACCUUUAGUAUAUAGUUUUCUUUGUAUAAAUAUGUACCCUAUGGCCCAAAUUACCUUGAUGUUUAUGUAAUGACUCUUUGAGAUAUGCAUAGGGAUACUUUGGUAGAUGAGUAUAUUGAAGGUAAAA